AUGUUCAAGAAAUUUAAUAUAAAAGAAAGUGUGACCUCUCAGUCUCAAGUAAAAUCUUCGGUGCAAAGGAACAUUCGUGCCAAGAUCCUCGAACAAUAUAAAAAUUUAGAAUCCGUUAUUGAUGAAGUGUUGCCAAAAAAAUCAGCAUUAUUCUUAGUAAAAUGUCAUGAUCACAUUAAUCUAUUAACCAUAAAUAAUGAGAUAUUGUUCUUUCAACGUUUCGACGGGCCAUACUAUCCAGCGUUGAGAUUGCUUCACAAAUAUCCGGAAUCGUUUCCUAGGUUACAGGUGGACAGGGGCGCAAUUAAGUUUAUUCUAUCCGGAGCGAAUAUAAUGUGUCCUGGUCUCACAAGUAAAGGAGCAAAGAUAGACGAAGAUUUUCCAGCAGAAACUAUUGUUGGUGUGUUUGCUGAAGGAAAAGAGCAUGCGCUUGCAAUAGGACUAACAAAAAUGUCGACCAAAGAAAUCAAAGAAAUCAACAGGGAUAUAGGCGUUGAAAAUGUUCAUUAUUUAAACGAUCCGUUAUGGAAGAGUAGCUUAGAAUGA